UGUAGUCAUUAACGUCAAAAGUCGAACAAAAGAAUACAAUUAAAUACAGAUUAUAUCAAGUGUUUAAUUAUAAUUUGUUAAAAAUUUAAUUACAUUAAUUUCAUUAAAUUUAUUCAAUUAGUAAGGUUUAAGAAUUAAUCGAAAUAAAAAAUGAUGCCCGCUGCAGAGGAGGCGCAGAUUUCCAAGUUAUUGUCCAGGUAUAAAAAUGUUAGUGCCACAAAAAAAGAUGUUAUUGACGUAAUUACCACGUAUCGCUCCUUGUCAUAUAGUUUAAAAAAAUUCGUAUUCAACGAUGGAAGUACCAAAGAGCUCUUCAAUUUGGCUGGAACCAUACCCGUUGUAUAUAAAAAUAACACUUACUACAUUCCGAUAUGCAUUUGGUUAAUUGACACACAUCCUCAAAAUGCACCAAUGUGCUUUGUACAACCUACCCCAACGAUGCAAAUUAAAGUGUCGAUGUACGUGGACCAUAACGGAAAGAUUUAUUUGCCAUAUCUACAUGAUUGGCAACCGCAUACAUCGGAUUUGCUGUCUCUAAUACAAGUAAUGAUUCUGACGUUUGGUGAUCAACCGCCAGUCUUUUCAAAACCUAAAGGACAGCCGUCAUAUCCCCAACCAGGGUUUCCUGCUCCUGGAGGUGUUGGAUAUCCACCUUAUCCUACAUCAGGAGCUGGUGUCGCCGGAGUUUUUCCACCAUAUCCGCCAGCAAAUAAUUUUGGACCAUACCCGCCAUACCCUACUGGGGGCAAUUCAUCAGUGGCUAAUGCCAGUACAAGUGCAGGAGGUUAUCCACCUUAUAUGAACUUUCCACAAGGUCCUGGUUACAAUUCUGGAUAUAAUUCUUCAACAACAAGUUCCACGGGCACUAUAACCGAGGAGCAUAUUAAAGCAUCCCUUAUUAGCGCGGUGGAAGACAAACUUCGACGUCGGCUACAAGAAAAAGUUAAUCAAUAUCAAGCUGAAAUUGAAACACUGAAUCGUACCAAGCAGGAAUUGGUAGAGGGAAGCUCCAAAAUUGAUAAUGUUAUUGCACGCCUUGUUAGAGAGGAAGUGGAACUUCAGAAAAAUGUGAACAUUUUGCGUGAUAAGGAACAAGAGCUUGUAAAAAGUCUAGACGCAUUAGAUAAGUCUGAAGGUAUAGACCCAGACGAAGCUGUUACCACAACAGCGCCCCUUUACAAACAGCUACUUAAUGCAUAUGCUGAAGAAGCGGCUCUCGAGGAUGCAAUUUACUAUUUGGGUGAAGCCUUACGAAGUGGUGUUAUUGACUUGGAAACUUUUUUGAAGCAUGUACGCCAGUUAUCUCGUAAGCAAUUCAUGCUUCGAGCCAUUAUGCAGAAGUGUAGACAAAAGGCUGGAUUGGCCGGAUAAACAUCACAAAGCAGUAGUGAACUUAAUCAAAUAAUGGAAAAUUAAUAUAUGAUCCACUAAAAUUGGAAGCACUCAACAAAUUAAAAUAUAUGUAUUUAUUUUUAUGUAUCUAUUUAAAUAAAAAUAUCAAAAGAUUCACUUAUUACUCAUGAAAAAAAUGUAAAAUUGAAUGUAAUGCAUAUAUACCUAUAUACAUUAUUUUGCGCUUUGACAGCUAAUUUUCUCAUGAAAUUUGUGAACACGAGUUAUUUACAUACUUCUUUCUAAACUCUGUAUUAUAGCAAGAAUAAAUCAUGUUAAGGUUUUGUUUACACGAGAA